AUGGUAAGAGAGUCACAGUUCCAUGUUUUGGCUGUUGAUGAUAGUCUCUUUGAUCGGAAAAUGAUAGAAAGGUUGCUGCAAAAGUCUUCAUGCCAAGUAACUACAGUUGAUUCAGGCACUAAAGCUCUAGAGUUUCUGGGUUUGAGAGAAAGCAAUGAGAGUGAGGACCAAAGUGCACCUUCUUCAUCACCCUUAACUCAUCAGGCUCAGGAAUCAGCAGCAUUUAAAAGCAUUCCCGUUGUGAUAAUGUCAUCUGAGAACGUUCCUGCUAGAAUCUCCAGAUGUCUAGAAGAAGGAGCUGAGGAGUUCUUCUUGAAGCCAGUAAAGUUGGCUGAUCUUACCAAGUUGAAACCUCAUAUGAUGAAAACCAAAUUGAAGAAAGAAAGCGAGAAACCAGCAAAAGAAGAGAAUGCAGUUUUGAAUCAAGAGAUAGAAGCAAAAGAACCAUCCGUGAUUGAAAUCUUGCCUCUACAUCAAAAACUUGAACAAGAACCAAUAUUGAGCAAUAAUAAGAGGAAAGCAAUGGAAGAAGUGAUAUCUACUGAUCGAUCACGUCCUAAAUACAAUGAUAUCACAACCUUGGUCUGACCCUUUCUUUCAUUCGGUGUCCUGCAGAAGUUUCAAUAAAAAAAAACUUUGCUUCAGAGUUUCUUUCCAUAGGUUAAUUUGUUGUAGGUAUGCUUCUUUUGGUAAAUACAGGGUUGCUAUAGAGAAUGAAGAGGAGAGAUGUAUGUAGAUUAUGAUGGUAAUGGUAAUGGUUAUUAUUUAGUAUUGUUCAUUAUGAAAAAAUCAGUAUAUGUAUAUUCCCAGUUUUGUUUUAUGUUUCUUAGUUUUCUGGUGUCAAAACAAUAUCAAUAGUAAAU